AGAAAAAGAAAAAAACCCACACCACUGACCAAGAAGUUCAGGUGAACAGCUAAUCAGGAAGAAGCUGCGAGUGAUCGGUAAGGGCAGGCCUGGGAAGACGCGGCUGUGGCACAGGGCGCACACAUUAUGCGCGCAGGGCCACUUGGGGAUGAUGUAUGUGGGAUACCUGUUGGAUAAGGACGCCACCAACAUGUACCCCAACCCGGUCAGGCACCCCAGCCUGAACCUCAGCCCUCAGAAUUACGUGCCGGUGCCCCCUCAGUAUUCGGAGUUUGCCAGCUACCACCACGUGCCUGGGAUUAACAGCGAUCCUCACCAUGGGCAACCCGCGGGCGCCUGGGGCUCUCCCUACACCCCCACCAAAGAGGAUUGGCACUCCUAUGGCACAGGAGCCCCUUCUUCUGUCGCCAACCCGGGGCAGCUCGGAUACAGCCCCCCUGAUUUUAAUCCAAUUCAGCCACCGGGCUCUGGACUGCUGCCUCCGCCUAUGAGCAGCUCGCUGCCCCAGCUCUCGCCAAAUGCGCAAAGGCGCACGCCUUAUGAGUGGAUGAGGCGCCCCGUCCCCACCAACAGCGGCAAUGGGAAGACCAGAACGAAAGACAAGUAUCGUGUUGUGUAUACAGACCACCAGCGCUUGGAACUAGAGAAGGAAUUCCACUACAGCCACUACAUCACCAUCAGGCGGAAAGCAGAACUGGCAGCAACGCUGGGACUCACCGAGCGGCAGGUGAAAAUUUGGUUCCAGAACCGCAGGGCAAAGGAGAGGAAGGUGAACAAGAAGAAGAUGCAGCAGCAGACGCAGCCGGCCAGCACAACCACACCGACUCCUCCAGCAGUUGGCACCCCUGGUCCCAUUGGAGGCAUCUGCAGCAGCACUACCAACCUGGUUUCCUCGUCACCAAUGACUAUCAAAGAAGAAUUUAUGCCUUAAACCCAGCCCUUCCAGUUGAACUGCAUAUAAACCAAAACCGCAAUAUACGGAUUAACCACGAGAAUCGGCACUAGCUGGCAUACUCUAGAAACUUACACAGAGGCAAUGCUAUCACUGCUGAACCAAUGAAGCCAUUUCCUCUUAGACCCACUGGGUUAUUUUCUGUGAUACCACUGCAGGGGAGAAUCGUGGACUUAUUCCUAGGAAUAGAAGCAAUAGGCUUAUUAUCUUUUCUGUACUUUUCUUUGGGAAGGACUUGCUCCUGUUGCAAAAUAUUUAAAGAGAAAAGAAAAUCCAAGCAUGGAUGCUUUGGGGUUGGGGGGAAGAAGCGGAGAACCAGGGUACUUAGAAGGUGUUUCGGGAGCAUUUGCCAGUAUCUGGCAUCUGACCACUACCAGGCCUUGAUAUCUUGGCCAGAAGGACUGAGCUUGUCAGGUCAACUAUCCAAAGCCAACUCCAAGCCAUCACAGAAGCCCAUCCAUGCUAGGCAAAGGAGGUCAGGAGGCCAGUGCCACACACCUGAGCUACAAUUAAUAUUUGUAGGAGCAAAAGUCAUUUUAAAAGCAAAUAAAUAGGACCCAAGUAUGCAAGAGCAAGACAAAUUUGAGAUUAAAUGCUUACAGGUACAAAACAAUGAAAGAACCUUAAAUGAGGCAAUAAGGUAUAAGGGAAAGGAAGCAAAGGGUUGGCUUCUGCACAGCACUGUCUCUUACCGGUACUACAUCAAAGAUUGAAUGCUAAGAAUGUCCUUUGGUUACUUUUUUAAAUAGUUUUAUGUGGCUGCACAGAGUUGUAUAUUUUGUCCACUGCUGGGCCCUGGUUCAGUUCCUGGUAGGUGGACUGGCAGAAUUCAAGACAACAGCCUAGCAGCUUUCCAACUGAGGUUUCCUCCUACUACGUCCUUACAUGAUGUUUGGGAUGUUGAGGAGCAUGUCUUUGAAUGGAUUGCCAGGGCUUUGUAUUUGUUGUUGCCUGCUGAUUUGGCUAUACAGUCAUACCUUGGAUCUCAAACGCCUUGGCUCCCAAACAAUCGAAACCCAGAAGUGAGUGUUCCUGUUUUUAAAUGAUUUUCGGAAGCCGAACAUCUGGCACAGCUUCCACUUGGCUGCAGGAGUUUCCUACAGCCAAUCAAUAGCCAAGCUUUGGUUUAGGAACAUUUUGGAAGUCAAACAGACUUCCAGAAUGGAUUCUGUUCGAUUUCCAAGGUACAACUGUACUUUCCUUCUUGUUUUUAUAUAUGCCAAUAUUUGAAUGACUUGCACAUUGAGAUGAGACACUUCCCCCUGAAGGUGAGGAACCUUUAAUUAUCAGCCUGAGGGCUGCAUUACUUUCUGGACAACCUUCUAGGGGCCACAUGGCUGUAGUGGGCGGGGACAGAGGCAAAAAUGGGUGGAGCAACACAUGCAAGUUUUACCUUUAUACAGUAGGUUAGUUUCUACACUUACAUACACACACACACACACACACACACACACACACACACACACACACCCCUCUAGCCUCCAUCCAUAGAAUCAUAGAGUUGGAAGAGACCACAAGGGCCAUCCAGUCCAACCCCCUGCCAAGCAGGAAACACCAUCAAAGCAUUCUUGACAUAUGCCUGUCAAGCGUCUGCUUAAAGACCUCCAAAGAAGGAGACUCCACCACAUCCCUUGGUAGCAAAUUCCACUGCCGAACAGCUCUUACUAUCAGGAAGUUCUUCCUAAUGUUUAGGUGGAAUCUUCUUUCUUGUAGUUUGAAUCCAUUGCUCCGUGUCUGCUUCUCUGGAGCAGCAGAAAACAACCUUUCUCCCUCCUCUAUACGACAUCCUUUUAUAUAUUUGAACAUGGCUAUCAUAUCACCCCUUAACCUUCUCUUCUCCAGGCUAAACAUACCCAGCUCCCUAAGGUGUUCCUCAUAAGGCAUCGUUUCCAGGCCUUUGACCAUUUUGGUUGCCCUCUUCUGGACACGUUCCAGCUUGUCAGUAUCCUUCUUGAAGUGUGGUGCCCAGAACUGGACACAGUACUCCAGGUGAGGUCUGACCAGAGCAGAAUACAGUGGUACUAUUACUUCCCUAGAUCUAGAUGCUAUACUCCUAUUGAUGCAACCCA